AUGGGAUACCUAAAGCUCAUUGAGAUCGAGAACUUCAAAUCAUACAAGGGUCGGCAGAUCAUAGGACCUUUUCACAAGUUCACAGCAAUCAUCGGACCCAAUGGCUCUGGAAAGUCCAAUCUUAUGGAUGCAAUCAGCUUUGUUUUAGCGGAGAAAACCAGUAACUUGCGAGUGAAAACACUUAAGGAUCUGAUCCAUGGAGCGCCUGUUGGAAAACCAGCUGCCAACAGAGCUUUUGUCAGUAUGGUGUAUCAGGAAGAUAACGGAGAGGAGCGCACCUUUACACGAGGCAUCAUUGGAUCUUCUUCCGAGUAUCGCAUCAACAGCAAAGUAGUUGGCCUCCCUGAAUACAGCGAAGAGUUGGAAAAACUUGGGAUUCUGAUCAAAGCAAGAAAUUUCCUCGUCUUUCAGGGAGCAGUGGAAUCUAUUGCGAUGAAAAAUCCUAAGGAGCGAACAGCAUUGUUUGAGGAGAUCUCUCGCUCUGGAGAACUGGCACAAGAAUAUGACCGCAGAAAGAAGGAAAUGGUGAAAGCCGAAGAAGAUACUCAAUUUAAUUACCAUAGAAAGAAAAACAUUGCUGCUGAGCGCAAAGAGGCCAAACAAGAGAAAGAGGAGGCUGAACGUUACCAACGUCUGAAAGAUGAAGUUGCCAGGGCCAGUGUUCAACUGCAGCUUUUUAAGUUGUACCACAAUGAGACAGAGAUUGAGAAACUCAACAAAGAACUUGGUCAGCGCAACAAGGAGAUUGAUAAGGACCGUAAAAGAAUGGACCAUGUAGAGGAGGAGCUGAAGGAGAAGAAGAAGGAACUGGGCAGGCUGAUGAGGGAGCAGCAGACUAUUGAAAAGGAAAUCAAGGAGAAAGACUCAGAGUUGAACCAAAAAAGGCCACAAUACAUUAAGGCUAAGGAAAACACGUCGCACAAAAUUAAGAAACUUGAAGCCGCACGGAAAUCACUCCAGAAUGCCCAGAAGAUGUACAAAAAGCGUAAAGGAGAUAUGGACGAGCUGGACAAAGAGAUGAAAGCAGUCGAGCUGGCAAAGCAAGACUUUGAGGAGCGGAUGGAGGAGGAGGCUCAAAGCCAGGGUCAAGACUUAACACUAGAGGAAAACCAGGUUAAACAAUACCAUCGUCUGAAAGAGGAGGCGAGUAAACGUGCUGCUACUUUGGCUCAAGAAUUGGAAAAAUUUAACCGAGACCAAAAGGCAGACCAGGAUCGCCUUGAUUUAGAAGAGAGGAAAAAAGUGGAAACAGAGGCCAAAAUCAAGCAAAAGAUUCGUGAAAUUGAGGAAAAUCAAAAACGUAUUGAAAAACUGGAAGACUAUAUUACCACCAGCAGGCAGUCUCUUGAUGAGCAGAAGCGUAUGGAGGAGGAGCUGACUGAAGAGGUGGAAUCAGCCAAGAGGAGGAUUGAUGAGAUCAACAUGGAGCUAAACCAGGUAAUGGAGCAGCUAGGAGAUGCCAGGAUCGACAGGCAGGAGAACAGCAGACAGCAGCGCAAGGCUGAGAUCAUGGAGAGCAUUAAAAGACUCUACCCUGGUUCUGUGUAUGGACGUCUCAUUGACUUGUGUCAACCAACUCAGAAGAAAUAUCAAAUUGCUGUGACCAAAGUGUUGGGAAAAAACAUGGAUGCCAUCAUUGUUGACUCUGAGAAAACUGGCAGAGACUGUAUUCAGUACAUCAAAGAGCAGCGAGGGGAGCCCGAGACCUUCCUCCCACUUGACUAUCUAGAGGUUAAGCCAACUGACGAGAAACUGAGAGAACUACGUGGAGCUAAGCUGGUGAUUGAUGUUAUUCGCUAUGAGCCCCCUCAUAUUAAGAAGGCCCUGCAGUACGCCUGUGGCAACGCUCUGGUCUGUGACAAUGUUGAAGACGCUCGAAGAAUCGCUUUUGGAGGACCCUACAGACACAAGACUGUAGCUCUGGAUGGCACUCUCUUCCAAAAGUCGGGUGUCAUCUCGGGAGGAGCCAGCGACCUCAAGGCAAAGGCUCGGCGCUGGGACGAGAAAGCAGUUGACAAGUUAAAAGAGAAGAAGGAAAAAUUGACAGAGGAGCUCAAGGAGCAAAUGAAAGCCAAAAGGAAAGAAGCAGAGUUGCGUCAGGUUCAGUCUCAGGCUCAUGGUUUACAAAUGAGGCUCAAGUAUUCUCAGAGCGACCUGGAGCAGACUAAGACACGCCAUCUAUCCCUCAACAUGCAGGAAAAAUCAAAGCUUGAAAGUGAACUGGCCAAUUUUGGUCCUCGCAUCAACGAUAUUAAGCGGAUCAUCCAAUCACGUGAAAAAGAAAUCACUGAUUUAAGGGAUCGGAUGAAUCUGGUGGAAGAUGAGGUGUUUGUGGAGUUCUGUAAGGAGAUUGGAGUGAGAAACAUAAGGGAGUUUGAAGAGGAAAAGGUCAAAAGACAAAAUGAAAUUGCAAAGAAGCGCCUUGAGUUUGAGACUCAGAAGACUCGUUUGGGGAUUCAGGUGGACUACGAGAAGAACCAGUUGAAAGAAGACCAGGAGAAGGUGAUGAUGUGGGAGCAAACUGUCAAAAAGGAUGAGAAUGAAAUUGAACGUCUAAAAAAGGAGGAGCAUAGGCACAUGAAAAUCAUUGAUGAAACCAUGGCCCAGCUCCAGGACCUGAAAAACCAACAUCUCACAAAGAAAUCGGAAGUUAAUGAUAAAAACCAUGACAUGGAGGAGAUUCGCAAAAAACUGGGUGGAGCCAACAAAGAGUUGACACAACUCCAAAAAGAGGUAACAGCUAUUGAAACAAAACUGGAGCAGAAGCGCAGCGACCGACACAACUUGUUACAAGCCUGUAAGAUGCAGGACAUCAGGCUGCCUCUUCGAUCUGGAACAAUGGAUGAUAUCAGUCAGGGAGAGGGCAGUUCUCAGAAUGAGGAGUCCAGCAGUCAGAGGACUUCCAGCAGUCUUUCAGCUAAAGAGGCCAUGAUUGAAAUUGACUACAGCCACCUGUCUGAAGACCUCAAGGAUGCUCUGUCAGAGGAAGAAAUCAAAGGGGAGACAAACACGCUUCAGCAGCGUUUGAAUGAGCAGCAAAGCAUUCUUCAGAGGAUCAGUGCUCCCAACAUGAAGGCCAUGGAGAAACUGGAGAGUGUGAGAGACAAGUUUCAAGAAACCAGUGACGAGUUUGAGGCAGCUCGUAAGAGAGCCAAGAAAGCCAAACAAGCUUUUGAACAGAUUAAAAAGGAGCGGUUUGAUCGUUUCAAUACUUGUUUUGAAUCUGUGGCUACAAAUAUUGAUGAGAUCUACAAGUCUCUGUCACGAAACAGCAGUGCCCAGGCUUUCCUUGGCCCAGAGAAUCCUGAAGAGCCAUAUUUAGAUGGCAUCAAUUAUAACUGUGUAGCUCCAGGAAAGCGAUUCAGGCCGAUGGAUAACCUGUCUGGAGGAGAGAAGACUGUUGCUGCUCUGGCCCUGCUGUUUGCCAUUCACAGCUACAAACCUGCACCAUUCUUUGUUCUGGAUGAGAUUGAUGCCGCCUUAGACAACACAAAUAUUGGAAAGGUAGCCAAUUACAUCAAAGACCAGUCUGUACAAAACACCCAAGCAAUUGUCAUUUCUUUGAAAGAAGAAUUUUACACGAAGGCCGAUUCACUGAUUGGAGUUUACCCCGAGCAAGGAGACUGUGUCAUCAGUAAAGUGCUGACGUUUGACCUUUCCCAGUAUCCGGACGCCAAUCCAAAUCCAAAUGAAUAG